AACAUGAACAAGAAACAUCCUAAAGUGACUACACGCAAACAGAAAAAUCCAGGAAAAGCACCGUAUAUAAAUGCUGUGUGCACAAAUCCCAGUGAGAUGCAAGUCAAACAAUAACAACCAUAGGACAAUUUAGAUUAAAGUUAUCAGUCUAACUCUGUUCUACAACAAACAAAAAUGGCUAAUCCAAAAUGUUUUCGAAAUCACCAAAAUAAAGCUUUAAAAGCAAUGUAACAGUGAUCAUAGGAACUGUGAUUGAAAUUUUACAAUAAACGAUAUACAUAACAUGUACGGUGCGGUUGGUAAUUCCAUCAUAAAGUACUUUAUACUUCACCACGCUGGUCGAGUACUGCAGUACGAUUAAACAGCCCCCACGUCCCGGACACAUCGCCCGGGGGGGAAGCCCUCAUCCAGCAGUGGGCUGACAACAGGGCCGUCUAACGUGCGCGUUCAAAUCCCCAUUAGUGCCGCUCGCUUAACAUGUUGACAACUUGAAAACUAUUGCGUGCGUGGGUGGGUGGUGGCCAGCAAAGGGAACAAAACAGGGCGAGCUUUGAGUCAUAGCUGUUCUCACGGAAAGCACCGGCGACUCGCAAAGGGCAUCAAGCGGUAGCGAGAAACUGACAUGAGAAGAGAGAGGAGAGGGGGGGGGGGUAGCUGCGUGUGAGAGGCCAGCUCAUGACAGCCCCGUGCGGGUAACGGCAGGCAGAGGUGCUGUCCGGAGGGGCUCGGACCAAUCACCCCGCCCAAACCCCCCUCCCCCAUCCAACAGGAAUCUUCCACAGGGAAGGUGAAAUAAUCAACUUCGGCUGUCGGUGCCAUCACCCAUUGCAGCAGGUGGUUUAGGAAUCGCACUGAGUGCCGCCAGGUGAUCAAGUUUGCCGUGUGCAGCCAUGGAGACCGCGAAUCCCCGAGAUAAGAAGGGCCCAACUUUGCCUGCUGCUGUCGGACUACGUACAACAAGAAGUUCCAAGCGGGAUCUCUGGCUAACCAGCAGGGGAGGCUGGCAGGCGACUGCUGUGGACCUCCAAGCGCCACCCACCACAGGGAGUAAUGCCAACAAAGUUGACCUUGGACACCAGAGCGACAGCCUGCAUGCGCAUUGCACCCCUCGAGUGUCCAGGGUAAGCGAGCUGCUUUGUAAGCAUUCAGAAGACCCAGAGAAGGUCCUGUACAACCUGGGCUUUGGGAAGGAUGAACCAGAUGUCACCACCAAGAUCCCAGCACGUUACUUCUCCAGUGUGUCGCAGGCACGGGGGAUCAACGGGCAGGUGCUCCUCGCAUCGCAGCUCGCACGCCUCUCAGGCGAGCACUCUGGUCUCGAGAGCCGUUUCCGCCAGGUCAGGAUGCUGGCCAACGUGGCUGACACGUUGAACCAGAUCUACUCUCAGGUGUCAGGAGUGCACGUCCCGAUGCUGCUACCACUGGUGCGCACCCGUAGCCUGUUUGUGCAGCAGGGAGAGGGCGGAAGAGAGAAGGACCAGUGCACUAGCGUUGGCAACAUUCAGCGCUCUGGCAAGACGAAGGUUGCCCGCAGGCUCAUCAAGACUCUGUCCAAGCACAAAUUGUUCGGUGGCACUGUUAACACGAUAGAUUGCAACUGCUUGAUGCUGGUCAGACAUAAACUCGCCGUUCCCACUGCCGAGCCUGGCAAAACGUCAUUACAGCGACCUGCCAUCGCCACUGCUGGUGGCCAUUUAACAAGAGAGAGCAUGCUGGCUGAACCGUUACUCAAGACUGUACAUUUUCAGUUUGGCGAGGCUUUUAUAGCAGCAGGUUUAACUAACACUUGUCUGAAAGUGGUUGAAGAAAAAUACUCGUGCACUUGUAGGGAUUGCAGAGAGCCGGACUCAGGAAGAGAGGUUACUUUUCUAAAGUCUGGCAUCUCAAUGCUCACAAGCUGCAAGGUGGGCACAGCUGGUGAAGAAUCAAGGGCUUGUGGGGAGCACAGAGAUGAGCCCUCCGAUGUAAAAGGCUGCUUUCAGACAAAAUUAACUGAUGAGGCGGAAAUUCCCAUGAGCAGGCAGUCAUGCAUCCCACGACCAAGUGCAGUCGUGCACAGAGACAAAGGAUCAUCAACUACCCACCACGGCCCGCAGGACAAGCCCAGACUCAAGGACUCGUUUGACCUGGAAGAGGUUCUGAGUAAUGAUGGAGAGACCUGCCGAGCAGGGCUGCACUCGGCGGGAGAGAGAGAGUUCUGGGGGCUCCCAGCGCGGACCGGCAGUGCACAUUCAGACAGCAGUGGCUAUGCCGAAGACCCGGCCGUCUUCGACUGCAGCUCUGCUGUGCACCACCAAAAUAGCACGGACUCGCUGAGUGGUGCUGACAGCCAAACGAGCCAAGGGAUCCCCUUAGCACCAUCAUGCAUCUCUGAACUGUUGCCGUGUGGAUCCCUGCUGCCUCCCUGUGAUAUGCGGUCGUGGCCACACCUCGGUGAGGCCGUGCCCUUGGCUGACAAAUGUCAUCGUGACGGGGAAAGCAUUGGGCUCAAGACACACCCAGCAAAGAGCUUCUACGAGCAACCUGGGGGAUUGCACUUUUCCGCUUUUGAGGAUUUCAUCAGUGGGUCACAGACAUUGAAAAGGACACAGAAUGGGUUUUCUGACUCAUUGGGAAGCCCACUCAUCUACAAAGUGCCUCAGAGGAACAUAUUCUCAUCACGCACACCCAACAGGCAAUGCGCAGCCUGCCAGACAGAGCAUGUCCCUAGCGAGAACGACAGUGUGAAUGUUGAUGAUGAAUGUGUGGCCACUGCACCAGGUGACGCACAACAUCACUCACUCAGGGAACACAACAAACAGCGGUCGGUGUCCACUCAAACUGACAGUGUGGACACAUCCAGUACAAUCAGGGAUGCUGUCCCUCCAGCUUGCACGUUCUCACAUCUGCCUCUGCGCUCCCACACAAUGAUAGUGAUGGGAGACCACGAGAAGACUUGCGAGUUUGCAAUGUCCAGCAGAGGAGGCACGCCUGAGACCCAAGAUGGGACUUCGGGCCAUCAGAAGUAUGCGUGCACCAGCAACAAUUGCGUCCGGUUAGCAUGUGUGUGCGGGCAUCAUUGUGAAUGCCAUCUCUACCUGCAACAUCAGUGCCACCAACGAAUGUACCCAGAAUGCAUCGAUUGUCACAAGAGCUGUGAGCCACGUAUGCUCUUCCGGUCACGCAGUCUGGAUGAUCUUGUCAUGAGCAAACGUGCACUGCACUACAGCCUCAUUGUCCAAGUGUGAACCUGUGCGAUUCGUCGCCACUGCCUGUGGGCUGCAAAAAUUCUGUUAAAUAUGUACCGUAUAUUCCUUUGUUACGAUCGCCACCUGGUGGUGUUUUGUGUUACAUUCAGCGAUUUUUGUUAUCGCUGGAAUUGAUAUAAAGCAUCAGGGUUUAUCGCAUUAUCAGUAGUUUGCCUAUGACACCUUCCGACCAAGAAGGAAGAUACAUCAUACAUAAGUUAUGUAAAUACUUUCUAAGAUGUAUUUGUUCUCGGGAGUAUUUAAUAAACAAUAUUAACGUAAAAAAUGCCGUCGUGGUGUC